CUGUUGGUCACUUGUCUCUGUUGGCAGAAGAUGGAGGGCAAGAGCAAGAGUUCAAAGAGCUCGUUGAAGGUGGAAGAGCUGUCGUUUGACAUGCCCGAGGCGCAACGGGCAGAGGUGGGUGGCAUUAUCAAGGACGCCUACCGCAAGCACACGCCGUAUGGACAGGCAUCGGGUCAACGAGACAUGGCCAAGUUGAUCAAGGAGACUCUGGAUGACAAAUACGGUGGCGCAUGGCAUGUCAUCGUCGGAUCUAACUUUGGCUCGUUUGUCACCCAUGAGAUGGGCUCGCUGCUCUUUGCCUCGAUCGGCGCCACAAACGUCUUUAUCUAUCAGCACGGAUGACCAAGCUCCUCCCCUCGUCGCUCCUGCCUGCCUCCGCUUAAGGGAUGGCGCCGCUUGACCAGGCCCUGUCUCUCACCCUUUGCUUUGGCGACGGUCCGUGACACGGCGCGCACUGCUGCC